GCGGGGGCGCGGGCUUAGGGCGGUCCGGCUCAGGUAGGGCCGGGCUGGGGAAGGAAGGGCCAGGCCUCGUAGGUUGGCUGGCGGUAACUUUCCCCCCCUAACCCUGGGUCAGGCGCUCGGCUGGUGGGAGCGGCUCCUACAGCUUGUGCCGCUGGCGCCGGGCCCUGUUACGGAUGGAGGGCGAGGGCGCGGGCGCGGAGCCGCAGCGGGAGCGGGAGCGGGAGCGGGAGCAGCAGCAGCAGUUCACCUACCAGGUCUUCCCCGAGCGGUUCGCGGAAGGCAAACCCAAGCGGAGCUUCCUCGCCACCAGCUUCUUCACCCACAACCAGAAGUGCCAGCUGAUGCUCCUCAAGGCGGUGGAUCGAAGUCCAUAUGUCAAGCUUCUGUUGGAUGCUAUGAAGCGUUCUGGUUGCACCAUUUCCAGAGAGAGACACUUUUCUUGUGAAGAUUGUAAUGGAAAUGUCAGCGGAGGUUUUGAUUCGGCUACAUCCCAGAUAGUGUUGUGUCAGAAUAAUAUCCAUAAUCAAGCUCACAUGAACCGAGUGGUCACCCAUGAACUAAUCCAUGCAUUUGAUCAUUGUCGUGCUCACGUGGACUGGUUUACUAAUGUCAAACACCUAGCCUGUUCGGAGAUUCGAGCGGCUAACCUCAGUGGAGACUGCUCACUUACCAAUGAAAUGAUCCGAUUUAAUUUUGGAUUAAAACAGCACCAUCAGACUUGUGUCCGAGACAGAGCCCUUCGCUCCAUUCUGGCUGUUAGAAAAGUUAGCAAAGAAGAUGCCCAGAAGGCAGUUGAUGAAGUUUUUGAAUCCUGCUUUAAUGACCAUGAGCCUUUUGGAAGGAUACCACACAGCAAGAGUGACGCAAAGCACGCCCAUCGAGACUUUCAGAACCGAGAUCGAUAUUAUGCAAAUGUAUGAGGACCACGGUGCUCAUCUCGUGUUCAGUAAUUACAGUGUUCAUAGACUGACAUGUUAAAACCAAAGUUAACUUGUGAAUAUGGAUCCAACAAAAGAGGUAAAUUCCAUUUGUUGGUCAGAAAUGAAGAGCAAGGCAGAAAUGAAACUGCCUUAGAUUUUUGGAUGUUUUUAAGCCUCAAGGCAGAGACUUUUUUCUUUUUACCUUUUCAGAGGUUAGUAUUUGGGAUACUGCCUUCUUAUUGCAAAUAAAUGAUAUUUGAGUAUUUUC